UUGAAUGCUGCUGCUCUAGUUUUAAGAAGGUGUUGCUGAGCGUUGGUGUGCAUUUGGAUCCCAAAUGUGCAAAUUCAUUCUUUGGACUUCUCAAGGCGCCUCCUUAAUGUGCUUUUGGAGGAAGAACUGAUGGAUUUUUAUGAAUCUCAUCCGCCAGGCAGGGUGGACUUCUCCAGCAAAAGGCCAGUCUUGGUUCUUCAGAAUGACGCCCUCUACUCCCAGAGGCGGCCCUAUACCAGUGAGGACGAAGCCUGGAAAUCCUUUCUCGAAAACCCUCUUACAGCAGCCACUAAAGCCAUGAUGAGCAUCAACGGGGAUGAAGACAGUGCUGCUGCCCUGGGAUUGCUGUAUGACUACUAUAAGGUUCCCCGUGACAGGAGAGCACCAGCAGUGAAACCAGAUGCUGAUCACUCUGAGCAAGAUCACACCAAAAGGAACAGCAUACCAAGCAUGACGGAACAGUCGCUCGUAUCCACAGGUGAAAAUAGAGUGCAAGUCUUGAAAAACAUGCCUUUGAAUAUUGUUCCUCCACACGCUUCCCAAAUGGCUGUUGACAAGAGGGGUCACCUGACAACUCCAGACACAACUGUCACAGUAUCCAUUGCGCCCAUGCCGACCCAUUCAAUCAAGACCGAAACGCAGUCGCACAGCUUCACCGUCUAUCACCCCGAGACAUCUGAACGGGUGGCAGUUUUAGAUAGGAGCCUCAACACUGACCAGUUCAGCUCUGCCUCCCAGCAUCAGAAUUCCCAGCGGCGUACGCCAGACUCCACUUUCCCAGAGCCUUUUAAAGAAGGAGUGCAAGAGGUUUUCUUUCCUGCCGAGCUGAAUCUCCGGAUGGCCAGCAUAAACUCUGAAGACUAUGUGUUUGAAAACAUUGCUGGGAACAACUUUGAAUACACGCUGGAAGCUUCCAAAUCUCUUCGGCAAAAGCCAGGGGAUAAUACGAUGACUUACCUAAACAAGGGCCAAUUUUAUCCAAUUACGCUGAAGGAAAUUAGCAGCGGUGAAGGAAUCCAUCAACCCAUUAGUAAAGUUCGAAGUGUUAUCAUGGUUGUGUUUGCAGAAGACAAAACAAGAGAGGAUCAACUCAGGCACUGGAAGUACUGGCACUCCAGGCAGCACACAGCGAAACAAAGGUGCAUUGACAUAGCUGAUUACAAGGAGAGCUUCAAUACCAUCAGUAACAUUGAGGAGAUUGCAUACAAUGCCAUCUCCUUCACUUGGGACAUCAAUGAUGAAGCAAAGGUCUUCAUUGCUGUGAACUGCCUCAGUACAGAUUUCUCUUCUCAGAAGGGUGUCAAAGGGCUUCCCUUGAAUCUUCAAAUUGACACCUACAGCUACAACAACAGGAGCAACAAACCUGUCCACAGAGCUUACUGCCAGAUCAAAGUCUUUUGCGACAAGGGGGCAGAGAGGAAGAUCAGGGAUGAGGAACGAAAACAAAGCAAAAGAAAAGGCAAGUGCACUGACCCCAGCUCUCAGCUGAAUGCCUUUUCCGAUGUCAAAGUACCCAUGCUUCCCUCUCACAAGCGGACAGACAUCACUGUCUUCAAGUCGUUUAUGGAUCUUGAAACUCAGCCAGUUCUUUUCAUACCUGAUGUUCACUAUUCCAAUCUGCAACGUGGAGCUCAUGUUUUUCCUGUUGCAUCUGAUGAACUGGAAGGUGAAGGCUCUUCCAUGAAGAGGGGGUCUUACAUCAAUGAAGAUGAUUUUGCUGCCACCCCAAUUAAACUGCCUAGAAUAGAAGAACCUAAAAGAGUGUUGCUGUAUGUCCGAAAGGAAUCUGAAGAAGUCUUUGAUGCCCUCAUGCUCAAAAUUCCAUCGCUGAAAGGUCUAAUGGAAGCCAUCUCUGACAAAUACGAUGUUCCUUUGGAUAAAAUUGGGAAAGUUUUCAAGAAAUGUAAAAAAGGCAUCCUCGUGAAUAUGGAUGACAACAUUGUAAAACACUACUCCAAUGAAGACACCUUCCAGUUACAGAUUGAAGAGACUGCUGGAUCUUACAAGCUCACUCUCACAGAGAUCUAGGCUUGUUUGGGGCCUUCUGUGUGGAUUUCAUAUGAAGAUUGUGAACACAAACCUCUCAUUAUUGUUGUCCUCAGGAUUAUAUUUGCCUCUAGGGGAAAAGCCAUUAUUCUUCCAGAAAAGAAUACCUUCUGUUGUUCAAGCAAAGCAGGUUCAUUUCAGUCGUUCUGGCAGCAGCUCCUAGGGAAUGAAAGUUUAUCAAACUGAUUUUUUCCAAAAUGGCAGAUCUUACCGAAGCACUAUAAAAUGACCGUCUGGUGAGAUCACCUGUAUAUUCUCUUAGCUUUUAAAUGUAUGGGUUUGUUUCAUCUCUUCCAGGGCUGUACAGGUACUGAAUUCCCAAUGAUACUUGCAGGGAAGGUUCUAUGCAGGUGUGGGAUGGAAUUUUACCACGUUUACUACAGAAUAGGGCAUAUUAACUAUCACUCAUUCUUCAGCCCCAUAGCAGGAAUGCCAGACUGUCUAGCUUUAUGAAGAACUUCCCCUAUACUGAAUCCCGUUGGACAAGCUCUGUUUGUAUAUAAGUGCAGUAUAUUUUGAAGGGUUGUAAAUGUGUAAAUAUAAGUCAUAUAUAUAUAAUAUAUAUAUAAAAUACCGUAUAUCUGGAUAUAUAUGCGUGUGUAUAUAUAAAGUGAUAUCUGCAGUGAAGCCCAUCUGAAAGGACUGCAUGUCUGUUGGAAUAUAAUGUUGAGAAAAGCUGCUUUGGUUCUA